AUGGCUUAUAGUAAUAUGAACGAAACAACGUCUGCUUUGCGCUUUGCUGAUAUGGGUUCAUUACCAAAACGAAUGUUGGCACCUAUUGAAGGUUAUGAGAAAGCACCACUUGUAACACUCGAAGAAGCUGUGAAGCCUCUUGUUAAAAUUGUACCGAAAGUUGAAAGAAACGUAUUCGUAGUCAAACAAAACUGUCAAGAAACAGAAGAUGAUUUAACAUCUGACGAAUCAGCUUCGAUUAUGCUUUACACUUAUGAAUCGAUGCCACAUGAAGAUUCCCUGUACGUGAAACUUAAUGAAACUUUACGAUCCGAACAAAGAAAAAAUUUAAUCCCAUGGUUUCUGUAUCUUCGACUCAUACUGACGGCACUUGCUCGUCUUCCAACUGAGCGUCGAUCCGUUUUUCGAGGAGUCAAAGCAAAUUUAUGCGCUGAAUAUCCAAAAGGCAAGGUUUUCAUUUGGUGGGGAUUUUCAUCAUGCACUUCGUCGGUCGAAGUGUUGGAAAAUGAACAAUUUUUUGGAACCACUGGAAAUAGAACUCUGUUUCAAAUAGAGUGCACGACAGCGAAGGAUAUCAAAAAGCAUUCAUUCGUGCCCAAUGAAGAUGAGAUACUUUUAUUACCUGCCCGACAAUUUCAAGUCACAUCUUGUCUAGAUACUGGCAGUGGACUGCAUAUUGUACAACUCACAGAAUUAAAGCCGCAGUUUGAUCUUCUUGAGCCAGUUCCGGUACCAAAUCCAACAAUUCAACCCAACGAAAGUUCGCAAGUGAAAUCUCCAUCAUCAGCAAUAUCAGCAACGGCUACAGCGAAACCUAUCGCUGGAGCAAUGGAACAACAAUUCGCAACAAUGAAGCUAAGCACGAACACAAAGUCACGAGGUCAGUACUAUUUAUGA